GCGUAGGAAAAGCAGUUCCUUAGCGAUCGAUGUUAGGUGCGAAUUUCGGUUAAUCUUAGAGUAUAUAAUUAGACACUUAAUAGUGGAGAAAAAACUCGAUACGACCGUAUCCGAGCCAGCAUAUUUCCUUGGAUCGAAAUGCCGUUUAUAAUAAGUUAUGAAUCAGAAUCAACGACGUUGAAUGAGGUGUUCUGCGGCAUGUGAUGCCGUAGCCAAGGCGACCGCAGCAGCAGACAACUGACAAUCCGCUGCUCGUCGUCAACAAUAUUCUAGCGUGGAUAUUCCAGUUCGUUUCCACGGUGAUUUGCAGCGUCGACCUCGAGAAAUCCUGGACGUCGUCAAGACACCUGUCAAGGAAGCCGAUAGACUAGAGGCCACGAGUUUGUUCGUCAUUCAUGAAAACAGAUACAUCCCUUCUAAAGCGAGAAGCCGGAGGUGGUGAUUCGGUGGCUGCGGAGAGAGUAGAGGGUGUGAUCACCAUGACUACGACGGGAGCCCAGUAUACUCUUGCUACCUCUACGGGGGUAGGUAAUGGCGGGGGCAGUGGUAGCGGAGUAGGAGUAGAUUCCAAGUCUGGCAUUGUCGUUGUAACCACCUCGAGCUCUAAUGGUAGUGGGAGCGCAGCUCAAACUCAAUCCACCAGGGGUCAGCAAUUAAUCACCGUAGUCACCAGUCCAGAUCCUUCCAGCCCUAAUAGCCUUCAAGUCCAACCCAUCCAGUUGUUGGUUCAGGACUCACUCGAAACAGCUGCAGAUUCCUCAAACGGCUCAUCAGGCACUUCCGCACAUGUUACUGCGCAAGUUGUAGUGAAUACUACACAUUCUGGUCAACACACCCUUGUUGAUACCGAUACAGGUUCUACUGCUACUGGGACGAUUGUUAGUGGAUCACCACACUACAUUACUGUUACAGGCACCAGUGAUUCACCAUCCUACGCGUCCCUCACAACGGCUGUAGGUGAGGGCUACUGUCAAUCUGCAUGCACUAUCUACUAUUUGUCAGGUGACUCCGAGGCAGUGGGUUCCGAGUCUGUAUCACACCCGACAUAUGUCCAGUAUGUCGAGGGGGAUACUUCAACAUAUAUACCAACCAAUGGACAGAUGACAUAUCCAGUAUAUGCUGUCGGCGAGGCAGGGGCCAUGUACACCCCUGCUUCGAGUCAGUAUUACACACCUGCUUCAACACCAGUUACUUAUACCCAGGUCACAGGACAAGGAUCGAGUGCCACAGCCGGGCAGCUACUGUCCCAGGGGAAUGGGACUUAUUUGAUUCAACAGAGUGUCGUAGAUGGCGACCCUACAACGCACGCACUUAUUUCGGCAGCUGCAGCUCGGGCUAGUCCCCAAACUGAAAAUGCUCAGGAGAUCUGCUCUCAGGAGGCAGUGGUUAGCGGGGGUGGAGGGACAUACCUGAUCAGCGGAAAUGCAGGUGGCACGGCAGUUAGCGUGGAAGAGGCUGCUGCUGCUGCAGCUAACAUCACGCAUGCUACUAGAGUCUCCCAGGCCACCGUAAGCCAUAUCGACUCGCCAUUUGUACAAUGGCUGUUGGAAAAUUAUGAAACAGCAGAUGGUGUGUCUCUUCCAAGAUCAACGCUUUAUAAUCACUACUUACGUCAUUGCUCAGACAAUAAAUUGGACCCUGUGAAUGCGGCGAGUUUUGGCAAAUUAAUUCGCUCAGUAUUUUUAGGACUAAGAACUAGACGAUUGGGCACUCGGGGGAACUCUAAAUAUCAUUAUUAUGGAAUUCGUGUGAAACCAAGUUCACCAUUGAUAAUGUUGAAUGAAGAUGGUACUUCACGUCAGCAUCAAGCAUCAAAUGCUCAAGCAAAGCGAUUCAAAUUUGUGAAUACGAAACAAGAAUAUGAUGGCAAUACUCAUGUGAACACGAAUAUUUCUAACAACACUUCUCCACCACAAUAUCAUCAAUAUUUGGGUGAGGCAAGUGGUGCCAUUCCUGAGUUCCCUGAAAUUGACGUUGGUCACGGAUCAGCCUUGCCUGAUGAUUGUACAUUAGAAGAUAUUGACACGUUCCGCAGUAUAUACAGGGAGCAUUGCGAGGCCUUCUUAGAUGCAGUUUUGACUUUUGAAUUUACAACAGUCGAAAGUCUAUGGCGAGAAUUUUGGCGCAGUCAAGAUAAUAAUAAUGGAGAUGAGUGUGAGGAAGAAAAGUAUCUGUCCAAGACUAAACUUUAUCAAAUGUGUAAGUGCUCAGCAGUUCAGGACUUCAUUAGGAGAGUUGAUUAUACAUUCUACCAGAAUCUUGUCGAAGUACUUAUGCCAGAUGUCUUACGUCCCAUUCCGAGUUCCCUCACUCAGUCAAUAAGAAACUUUGCAAAAGGUCUUGAAUCCUGGUUGACUUCGGCUAUGAAUGAUUGUCCAGAAGAGAUGAUGCAAAUCAAACUCACAGCUGUGUCAGCAUUUGCACAAACUUUGCGACGGUAUACAUCAUUAAAUCAUCUUGCUCAGGCCGCUCGUGCCGUACUCCAAAACUCUAGUCAAAUUAAUCAAAUGCUGGCAGACUUAAAUCGCGUUGAUUUUCACAACGUUCAAGAGCAGGCAUCGUGGGUUUGUCAGUGUGAUUAUGCGGUUGUGCAACGACUGGAAGCUGACUUCAAAGUUACACUACAGCAACAAAAUUCACUAGAGCAAUGGGCAGUGUGGUUGAAAGGCGUUGUCACGCAGAUACUUAAACCCUAUGAGGGAAAGCCAACUUUUGCAAAAGCUGCACGUCAAUUUUUAUUGAAAUGGUCAUUCUACAGUUCCAUGGUCAUUAGAGAUCUUACACUAAGAAGUGCUGCAAGUUUUGGUUCAUUCCAUCUGAUACGGCUACUAUAUGAUGAAUACAUGUUUUAUUUAAUUGAACAUCAAGUGGCAAUUGCGACUGGUACAACACCUAUAGCAGUAAUGGGUGAUAAGAGUCAAAGCUGUUCGCUAAUCAAUGCAUUUGGGGCUACAUCGAAUGGAGGUCUCCCUAUUACGUAUGUAGAUGUGGAUAUGGCAACGCUGGAGGUUAAACAGGUACUAACAUAAUAUACAUAGAUACAUCGAGCGCCAGCCAAUCAAAGCGCAUAAAGUUGUGCUAACCGUGCAUCAUUGCUUGUUCAAAUGUGAGUAAUCAUUAUAUAAUGGUAUGUUGAAUGAGAAAACUAAUCUUAAUGCAUGCAGGCCUAUUAAUCUAUACUAGUCCAUUCAAUUAUUAUUUUAUUUAAUAACAAAUGAUAAUUUAUUGUUAUAAUGCUACAGAAUAAUUGAAUACUAUAUUUCCAUAAGGCUGUUCAAGAUACACACACAAAUUUAUACAAUAUUCUGUGUUACGUAUAACAAAAAUCUAUCCAUGAAAAUGCAACAUCAGUCGAAGAAUAUUAUCGAUAGAAUGCUAAACUGAUUGGUAGUCUCUCGAGGUAUGUUUUUUUUUUUUUGACAAAGGAAUGCUCUCGUUACAAAAAUAUAUGAGAUCAGAUGAGUCAGUUCUGGAACGAUCUAAUACAAGUAGAUAUCGAUGAAAUUCUCAAAUAAAAUGAUGCUAAAUUAUUCUCGGAAGAUUUAUCAAUCGUUUAUUUGAAAAAAAUUAGGGCUAAAUUGAACAGAACAGCCAUUUAACAUGUAAUGUGUCCAUCACUCACUCAAACUUGGGUCUCUACACGCGCCAAUAUUGACUCAUAAUCAAGUGACUAUGUGAAAGAUUCAAUUGACUGCAGAAAAAGUCUUCUAUGCAAUAAUAAAAUAUUAACGCUUAAGAUCAGUUAUCGCAUCGCGCCGGCUGUUACAUUAUUUAAUAAAUAACUCUUAAGAGAUACACAAGCGAGUAAAUCCUUUUUAUUGCAGAAAAUGCUGCAUUUUUGUUUAACCACCAAAGGAUGAUUGUGUAUUUGAUUCAAGAAUAUGUUAUUCGGCGCAUUACGAUGGUAGUAAUUAUUUCUCUAAUAAUAUAAAUUUGAUGUUGUUUUUUAGUUAUUUGGAGAUAGUUCGAUUACUUCACAGUGCAAUCACUUUGCGUGGUUAUAAAACCAGACCUAUUCAAUGUUGCAGUCGAAUACAUUCAGUUAUUUUAUUGCUAUGUUCUUCAUUAUGGUUCCAAAUCCAAAUCCAAGUGGAGGUUACAAGGAUACAUAUCGAUCACAUUUUAACAGCUGAUACGGCUUUAUCUGCGUUUUUGGUAUGUUUCAUAUCGAGGAUAUAGCCAAACAAAUUGUUCUACAACAUUUCAAUAUACGAUGAGUAGUUUAAAUAAUUCAAGCUUUGAGAUUUGACUGUUGUUAUGACAAGCACUCUCACAACGAAUUAGAUUAUUCAAAUUUCUUACGAAGCUAGAUUGCGAGUUGAUCUUUAUGUUAUAUUCAAUUAUUUACUUUGUGUCUGAGAGAAAGCUGAGGGAUAUUGCCAGUGUAAACUGUUAUUUGUCCAAGAUGUGUACUCAUAAAUUGUGAAAUCCAUUAUUUCUGUAUCCAUUUCAAUUUCUGGUGCAUCAAAGGUGAUCAAAAUAUGUUUUUUCUCUAGAAAACAUCAUUUUAAACUAUCAAUGUCAAUGAAGUGUAAAGAGCAGAUUUAAACUGUUGUUUUGAAAAUUAAGUUACAAUCAAUAAAAAUUUUCUGUGGUCUACUGUAUUCGUUUCAUAAAUUAAAAUUGGAAAAUCGAAUUUAUGUAGAGAUAGAAUAUUAUCUGGGUCAAUAUUAAAUAUUUAUCGUCCAUUGUAAGUACGUAGCUUAACGUUAUUUUGUAAGUUGAACUGUAUGUAAUAGAUUUCGGCGCUGUUUCGAUUCAUACCUGGGUUGCAGUGUUCUCGACAUACAAGUAUGUCAAUAGGUUGCGGAGUAUCUUUUCUUCAUAGAAUAAAUCUGUUGUAAAAGAGUUGCUCUCGAAAUAUGUAUUCUGACAAAUCGCUGUAGCUACGUCAUAAAAUUUUUAACAACUUUGAUAAUGAUGAAUUACCCAUCUGUUUUUGAGAAUUCGAUUCGUUAUUUAUUCAUAAAAUUGAUGUAGACUGGAAUUCAUCAUUUUCAUAUGUUUAAAAGUUGAUACAUAUACUGAGUAAGCUGAGUAAGUUUAAAGCAGCACUGCACACAGUAGUGCACAAUUUUCAUAAACCUCGACACUAAAUGUUCCUUAAUAUGCAGUAACUUAUGAGAUAAUGAUGGAAAAAAUUUUGUUCAACCCAAAGUCAAUACUUAAGGCUUUAUUGGUUUUUCGUAAUACAAGGUAUUUAGACGAAAUCAUUUCAAUUACAAACGAAAAUAGAUAUCGUUUAAUUGAAGGUAUCCUAUUUCUGAUGGAUUUGCGAUGCUGUCGAAUACCCUGUACAAAUGAAAUACUAUAAAGUCAGUCAUGGUUGUAUAAUAAAAAUACUGAUUUUGCGUAUAAAAUUAUACUGUUACGGUGAAAUGCGUGCAUAAAUCUGUAAAUUAUAUAAAGGCAUUACACUACGCACUAGUCAGAAUCUGUAGAGUAAGUUGAAAACAGGGAAUGCAUAUUGCAUGGCGUAUUGUUAUACGUCAUGUUAGAAGUAAUUCAUGUGCACUGAAAAAUAUUUCUAUAAUUAUAUUGAAUGAGCUUAUAUGUGUAAAAACUAUCGAUACCUAAAUGUACCUAAUAUAAGGGUUGGUGAAAAACAAUUAAAUUAUGCUAAUUAUUUCAAAUGAGCUAAAAGACACAAUGUAAGAGAUAACAUACUAGGUAGAGUGCUGAAUAUUCAAAGGUAAAAUAUUUCACAGAAUACAUUGUUGCUGUCAAUGCAUGUUCUACUAGAAUUCUAGGAUGUUAAAAAAUAAGGAUAUAUUAUAGAUAAUACAUUUUUCUAAGAAGAAAACAAGAAAAUUUUAAUUAGCAGUUAGUUCAGAAUAAUGGAUGUAUCCGGCAAGCAAAAUUGCUCGUCCAAGUAAUUUUAAGACUGGUAUAAAGUUAUGCGUCCGUAAUUUAAUACGAUACGAUAUAGGUAACUGGAUAAGAAAAUUGUAGAACAGGAUAGUUAAAUGAGAGUCUGCCACAUUUAUAACAACUGGCAAAUUUUUAUUACCCAACUAUUCUGCAUUUCCUAAAGUGAAUAACUAUCACAGGACUUUCAACAAGAGUAGCAGGUACCGCAGCCUACCUGUGUUGAUCUUAUUUGGAGCAAUGUGAACUUGGAAAUAUGUGAUUCCUAAGAAGGCCUGGUAAUUGCACCAAUAUCCAGCACUCUAUCAUUAUACGCAUAUUCGAGGUUUUAUAUUUUUCAUAAAAGUCAGAUGGCACGAGUAAAAGUAGCUUGUUUCGAUAAAAUGACUUGAAAUCAAAUUAACCAACAGUUUCCUAUGUUGUGGAAUAAACGGCCUUAAAUAUUUGCAAGUGUAGUAAACAAUGGGAUAAAUGAAAAACAAACUUAUUGUCCUACUAGGUAUGGACCAGAAAAAGUCCAUCUAAAGAAAAGUAAUUGCUUUCGUUACGACGUAUAGAAGAUAUUUUGAUACCUCCCAAUUUGCACAAACAAAAAAUGCACUCAAUUGUCGCUUAAAUAAGAAUAUAUUUAAGAAAAUAUAGCUCAAAAUAACUUAUAAUACCAUAAAUGAGAUGUGAAAAAUCUUAAGGUUCAUAUGAAGUGUGCAAAUCGCAAACAUUGAAUUACAUAAUAAAUACGUGUUAAAAGUCGA